GAUAUCUCAUUUGGUUGCUUGAACACACAAGUUAUGAGCAUGACAAAUAUUUUACCGUUAAUAACUUUUCUUGGAUAUUUACAUGCUGACGAAUAUCGUCAAUGCACUGGACAAGGGGGCUGUUGCGAUGGAUACCAUUUUGAUUCAGACAUACGGAAGUGUACAAGAUGUGCUGAUGGCUACUCUGGACCUGAUUGUAUGUAUCCAUGUCCUUAUCCUGGAUACGGAUUUAAAUGUCAGAUGACCUGUGACUGCGCAGAGACAUACUGUAAUGUGGCGGUGGGCUGUCCAUCAGACAGUAGUACUGAAAUUCAAAGUUUUCCAUUUAGCAGUACACUCACUGCUGGCGUCCAAGACGUGAAGAAAACCAGAGAUGUCUCCGAGAAAACGAAAGAGUUUACAACGGGACCAAGUUCCUUAAAGUCAUCGGAUUCCAGUUUAAAUAACCGAAUUUUAUACCACCCAGUGGGAAGUCUACAGCGCUGUAUCUUUGACCGAGGGAAAAUGCCUUGGAGGCCGCCUGGUUUGAUGUGAGGAUCCGGGUUACAAUAGGUCCUCAGUAUCCCUUGCUUGUGAACUAAACUGGGCGGUCCUUCGGAUGAGACCGCAAAAUCCGAGGCCCGUAUCACAGCAGGUGUGACACGUUAAAGAUCCAUCUCUGCUCAAAGGCCGUAAGCGCAUAGCAUAGACCUAAAUUUUGCAGCACUUCACUGGCAAUGGUGACGCCUCCAUAUUAGUGAAAAAUUCUCAAGAGGGACGAAUAACAUUAGAAAACCACACCAAACGUGCCCAUAGCAACCCACCAGCUCCAACACGUAGUAGGAAAUGAGUGUAAAUCAAUGCCAGGAUUCGUUGGAAAUUUUACUAACCAUUCCUUACGAGCGACCACUGCUGCAAGAUUAUAAUUUGUAGAGACAACAGGGUAGCGUUUAAAUGCCGCCAGGACUUGUAAACGAACAUCAAAUGAUCAAAUAAUGGAAGUUUGUAAUGCUGUUCCAAAUGUCUUCUAAAAAUAUGGAGACUGCUACGAGUAAAGAAAUCAGUGUUUCCAGGCAGAUAAAUACUAUUGUUGGUGAUAGAAAUCAGUGUUUCCAGGCAGAUAAAUACUAUCGCUGGUGAUAGAAAUCAGUGUUUCCAGGCAGAUAAAUACUAUCGCUGGUGAUGUUUCUGGGCACGUGCGCUUGUGAUUCAUUAUAUUUCCCCUUUUUGUGUUUGUAUUAAAGCAUUAUUUCAAUCCA